AGGAGGUUUUUCCCCGCAGAGGGAUGCAGCAGGAGGAGGAGGCUGAAGAACAACACGAGCUGAGCAUCAUUUUUCAGAGAUGCUGAACUGAUCGCGCAUGUUUGUGGACGUCAAAAGAGCCUGUGCGUGUCUCCGUUUUUAUUCCUCCUCCUCGGUACGGAGGGGGGAUGCUAAAGCCGUUAAUACCCCUAAAGCCUUUAGAGCUCUCUGUGCUACUUCUAGAGGGAUGCCUUCAUCCAGGACAGGAGAGGAAAGAAAAGUGUGGGCCGCGCUUUUUCUUCUAGCCACCAUCAGCAUCAGCAUCAGCACCACCAUGGCAGCAAUGGGUCAGUGCCCCCGCAGCCUGGACUGUGCCCGUGAAAGACGUCAUUUUUGCCAGCCUGGCUCGUCCCACUGCGGCCCCUGUCUGUCUCCGUUCAUGGAGAACAAGAGAGGGAGGUGUGUGGUCAGGAGACGGAACCACAUCAAAGACGUGGAGGUGCGUCCCGAGCUAGACGAAGAGAUCGACUUCCUCUCUUCAAUCAUAACCAAAAACAGAGAGACUGAGCUGAAGCACACAGCGCCCUCUCAGGCUGCCCCACACCUUAAAGAUGACUCAGCAAGGCCAAGGAGUCACAACAGAGUGGAAAUCUCACCGAGCUAUGAUGCGGCGCUACAGCCUGUAACACACACACUCACCACAUCGUCCACUACCACCAGCUCCAGUCCCAACACCAUCAAUCCUCUGAUAUCAGCCAUGCAGAGCGCCCCGAUUAUUGUACCCUUCCCAUCUGAGGACCACUCUUAUAUCGUUACAGCAGGAGUUUGUCUUAUGUUGGCUUCGGUGGCACUGGUUUUGGUUGGAGUGUGCUGGGUGAGGAUGCAGAGAGGAACUCGUUUGGCACAGAAAGUGGACUACCCGGCCUUCGGGGUGAUGAACCCCCACUCUUACGACAGCGCAGCUUCUGGAGAUAAAAACCUGGCCCAGAGUGCUCAGAUGUACCAUUAUCAGCACCAGAAACAGCAGAUGUUGUCACUUAAACAAAGAGAUGAACCCAAGAUCCCUGAAUCAGCAGCUACCUCGGAUGAGGAGAAUGAAGAUGGAGACUUCACUGUGUACGAAUGCCCUGGACUCGCCCCAACUGGUGAGAUGGAGGUGAAGAACCCUUUGUUUGACGACUCCACCCUUCAUCUUCAUCUUGACCUGCAAAAAAGCUACAACUGAACCCGGACUGUAAAUGCGCAAUCACGUUCAAUACACAUCCACAGUCUUACACCGAGGUCGAAUCCCAUCUGUGAUCCAUCACGAAGACGGCAUAAAAUAGAGGAAGGCAGCUGGGAAAUUGAAAGAGGUGAAGAGGAUACGGACUGCAUGGAAUCGAAUUCACAAGGGUCAACAAGGGCAGCUCUGGUGUUCCUAGUCAUUUUCCGUUUCCCACAUUCCGCUCCCUCCGUUCAUCAGUUAUUGACUGUUACAUUGUGUGUAGAAACUGGAAAGUUAACAUAUCUGCCUAAACAAAUGAUUUGCCUUUAAACUUACAUGUGUGUACACUCUCCUGCAUGGAUUGAGCAUUUCCUCUAAUACUCACAACCCUUCCUUUGGAGGAACAAUACAUUGGCAACCAUGAGCAAAAAGUGUUUUUAUUUAUUUAUUUAUUUUUAUAUUUAUUUAUCUAUUUAUUUAUUUAUUCGAUCAUUAUAAUGUAUCUCAUGUUUAAAUCUUUUGCACAUGAGUUCCUGCUCUCCCUAGCCUUGCUGAAAUUCUCCACUUUCAGAAAUAGGCAGUGUACCAUGGCCUUUACAGUAUAUGCACGCAUCAGUAUAAAACAUGUCCGCGGCAUGUCAGUUCCUUUCUUUCACGGCAAAACGAAGCUUCUAGUAUCCGAUCUGACCCGGGAUUUUUGAAAAGGAAGCCUAACUUUAGCAGGAAGGCUUUAUAUUUUGCAUGUUCAUGAUUUGUUAGUGCCCUCCAGGCGCUAGAUGGGGUUUAUUGGCACCAGCUCUGGGCUCAUAAGUUUCUUAUAUUCAGUUAUGCAACAGAAAAGAAAAGAAAAGAAAAGCAUAAGCACAGCACAAUCAAGCUGAUAGUGUUGCUGCUUGAUGGUCCUUGGUUCAACCCUGAGCUUUUUUUACCGUGUAGAGUUUCAAAUAUUCUUCUUGUACAUUUCCGACAGUUUCCUCCUACCUCUCAAAAACAUCCCAUUGGGUGGAUUGGAUACACUAAAUUAUCCUUAGGUGUGAAUGUAUAUCAUUCUCUGGAAAUAUUUCCAGUUUGCACCUAGUGUUCCUGGGAAAGGCUCCGGAUCCAUCACUACCCUAGCCAAGCUGAGUGCAUUAAUUGGUUAAACUAUGGUGGCUCAAUGGUCAGGGCUCUGGACUGCUGGGGUUAGAAGGCAUAUUCUCUCUCUCUCCUGUCACUCAGAUCAACACUAGGAAAUCGAUGGGUAUCUUUGUAUGAUGGGGGGGGGGGGGGUGUAUAUCAGGACUGGUGGUUCUUCAUGCAUAUGAUCCCAGAGCUCAGGUCCAAUAUCGGGUCACUACUCGGAUCACUGCUCAGCCAUCGGAUCUAACUUUUCAUUUGUACAAUAUUGUGACUACUGUGCACUGGGAAAUGAGCUCGAGCAUAAAAUUACUUGACGCUUAAACAUAUCAAACCCGUCAUUGGAUUUCAACGGCUAGAUUGUAAAAUACAACCUACUGUCUGCUCACACCACAUGUGAAUUUACUGUACGUACCGACAAGCCACACUAUAUGAUUUAUAGACGUCAUGAUGUUCCUUUCUACCAAAGUAGAGUCAGUGAUGGUAUUUUCUAAAACUAGUUGUGGUUUUAAUAUUUUCAUAAUUGUGCACAUAUGAAUAAGCCUAAAUGAUAUAAUGUAGCCUUUGUAUAGUCUGUAUUGGUCUUACUAUGCAUGAGCCGAAGCUAUGGAAUGAUAAAAGGGAGUCUGUAUGCAUUUUCAACACUGCUUCAUGGCCCGUACUUACGUGCCCUGCUGAAAUGUCCCGUUUUAUGUUUUGGUCCAAACAAAUCUGAGAAAACUGACACAGCAACUGUGAAAACUGGAAAAUACGUAUCGAAUGUGAGCUGACCGCUGCUCGUCCUGACGAUCUGUGAUGUGCCCUGUUCAAUAUAACUGCAACUCUGUAUAGAAAAAAGACUUGAGGCCUGCUUGCUCAGUUUGCUGUAUUUGUACAAACCCCUGUCAUCUCUGCAGUAGACCUCUUAUUGCCCCUGACGAUUUGAUGGCAUGCUCGGUUGAAGUAUUUUUAUUUAUUUAUUUAUUUAUUUAUUUAUUUUUUGCUGCUGGUUCUCAGGAAAACUGCCAACAGUAGCAAGACCUUCAUUAACCCUCAUCUCCUUUCAACUCGUAAAUAAUCCCCAGGACGGUCUUGGAGCGGCUGUCUAUUAAAAUGGCUUCAUCCUGCA